AUGUGUCAAAGGGAGUGCGUCUUCUUUGGUUACAACUCCCAAAUGAAGAAAUGUCGAAACCACAAGACAAGAUUAACUUCUGGGAUGUCUGGUGAGGCCGGUUGGAGAUACUACUCGGAUAACGAUUGUGUUUUUUCUGCCAUGCCUAAAGAUUGUAAAGAUCUGUGUGAAGAAGGACAAACUACUUCAGGGGUGUAUGAUAUAUACCCCUACAGUACAUUAACAAUUCCAAUAAGUGUUUACUGCGAUAUGACCACAAUGGGCGGGGGAUGGACUGCCAUUCAGAAACGUGUAGACGGAUCCGUGAUCUUUGAGAAGAACUGGACGGAAUAUAAAAAUGGUUUUGGUUCACCGGAACAGAAUGUCUGGGUUGGAGACAGUCUUUUGGACACAGGGGAUUCUGAUGGUGAUCUGUCUGGAAUGUCCUUCUCCCAGACAGGGACAAUGACUGGUGGAGUGGAUAUCACUGUGCUGCUAGAUGGGGAGGAGGGUGGUGGUUUAACUUCUGUCACCAAGCCUUCCUUAACGGUCCCUGGUCCCAGUAGUCCUGGUCCUACCCAUGGUACCCCACAGUAA